UUGUUCUUCUCCUGGAAGUCUGGGACCGGGACAGGACGGCGCUGGUCGGGUACCGGACGGCGGUCUGUCGUAAUGACGGGCUCCGGUCCGAAGCUCGGGGUGCUGCUGCUGCUGGCGGUCCUGCUGCAGACGGUGGUCGUCACCAUCACCGUGCUGCACUUCACCACCGCUCUGAACUCGAUGAAGGAGACAUUUGCCAGGAGCAGUGUUUCGUGUCUGACGGGCUCUGAUCUGCAGAGCAUCACGGCGGUGCGAGGCGACCCGUGCUGGCAGGUCACUCAGCAGCUUCACCUGCUCAUCGAAAAGUCUCUGUCUCAGCGUUACCAGAGGCAGAUUUCCUCAGUAGUCAGAGAUGAGGUAUCUCGGGUGCUGCCCUCACUAGUGAUGGAUGACAGAGCUUCAUCUCGCCCCAAAGUAGCGGCCCACGUUACUGGCAGCUUUGUGCCCAAACUGCAGCGAGAGGGAGGAGCUCCGGUCUCGGCUGGCCGUCGAGUUCAAGGCCAGAAGAUCUCGUGGUGGGAGGGACAGAAGGGGCUGGCCUUCCUCCAGGACGUCCAGCUGGUGGACGGGGAGCUGGUGGUGCCGCAGCCCGGCCUCUACUAUGUCUACGCCCAGACGUACUUCAGACACACCCACUCCCUGGAGGAGGAGGGCGAGGAUGGCGAGGAGGCUGAGGACAGGGGAAGGCCUCUGCUGCAGUACGUCUAUAAAAAGGUGAGCUCCUACCCAGUUCCCAUCCUGCUGAUGAAGACGAGUCGGACCUCCUGCUGGUCCCGCGGCUCCCAGUUCUCCCUUCACUCUGCCCAUCAGGGGGGGCUGUUCCCCCUCAGCACAGGAGACCGCCUGUUUGUCACGGUGACCAACGCCUCCGCUGUGGACAUGGAUGAGAAAAGCAGCUUUUUUGGGGCGUUUCUCAUCAGCUAGAGGCUCUGAACCAGAUACUGACGUGUUUCUGUUCAUGAAGAAUCUUUUCAUGACCAGAUCUUAAUCUCCCGUAAUGAGUCCCUAAACUCACAAGGAGUAAAAAAGCAAAACUGCAGCUUUGUUUUUGUUGAGAAUCAACAACAAAACAAUUUGCCAACACUGGUUUGGUGGGUAGAACAGAGCAAAAGGACUCAUGGAUUUGGGGCUGUGUGUGUGUGUGUGUGAGUGAGAACUAUUCAGGCUAUUGUAUUUUCGAGAUUUCAAAACAAAGAGUGGCUUUGAGUCACCAGUAUUACAGUUCCAGUUGUACAAACAUUUUAAAUCUGUGUUCAGACAGAGAGAAGGUAAUUUUUGGUCACUAAAACACAUAAAUAGACAUGAUAUGAUGAUAAUGGAGGAGAUGAAAACCAGAUUGUAUCACUGUAAGUUAGUUCUGUGAGUCAGUUCAGUUCACAUUCUGUCUGAAUACAGUGAAAGAGGCAGACAAAAUCUCCACUAGAGGACUGCACAAAUUGCAUGUAGUUUCCAAAUUAAACAAAAAAGCAGAAAAUUAACCCCAAACAAAAAAUUAUUAGAACCCUUGACAUACUUCAGAGUUUUAAUCUGCGUUUUUUAAAAUGAACUGUCCAUUAAAAUACCCGUAAAACAAAUGAAAAUAUAUAUCAUCAUGCUCUAUAAACCAUAGAAUCAUAAGGAGAUUUAGAUCAUUUUACUUACAAAAACAAGCUCGGCCUGUUUCCCUGUCAGUGUCACACGAUCAUGUUCCUUCACUGAAGACAAAUUACCUGUGUGAUCACUGUCAGGUGUGAUUGUGGUUCAAUUGAUGGUGAGUCUUAGGACCCAGCUGUGCGAUUUUAUUGAAAGUACAAGGGCCAAUCCUGCUCAGUAAGUAAAUAUUAAAGUUAAAAGUUGAUAAAAAAUAAACAUAUUUAGAUAAAAAGACUGUUUUGAAUGUGGAACAGUCAAUAAUAGUGUAGAUCUGUGGUAAUUCAUGACAUUAUUUUGUAAUUUUGGGUCCUGAGGAGGCUCCAAAUUUCUCUCAAGCUGAAAAAGUUUGAAAAGAAAUGCAAUAUUUCAUAAUGUCCUUCAUACACUUUAUAUAUAAAUCAUCCUCAGACAAGACUAACCGGUCACAACGGAGCAUCCCCCGGCUGAUCCGAUCCACCACAAACUAUUUUAAAGCCAAAGUUAACAUGCGAAGCAACAAAAAAAAAAAUUUGCUUUUAACACUUUGAGCAGUUUUGAGCUUCUCCACAAGGGGGAGCUGUUCAGCCAUCAUUAGCCCAUUUGUGCCUCCUAGAGGAGACUCAUUAAAACUUCACACAAAAUUGUUCUGCCUCCAUGAAAUGUUUGUAUAAAACCUUCUUUGUGUGGACAUAUGUGAUUAUCUGACAUAUACAUAUGAGUGUGUGUGUGUGCAUGUGUUUAUAAAGAUGUAAAUAUUGUGUUAUAUUUACUUUGGUGUGUUGUGAAUCAGCCUGAAUACACAAAGAAGAGCUAGCUGUGGGCCUUAAACAAACCUCUAGUCUUAAAUUUCCCUCAUUCUGCUUCAAUAAGGAUGGUGUAACAAUACCCCUUCAGCAUGUUCUAAAUAUGUGUUGACAGCCACGUUGGACGACAAACAUCAUCACCCCUUUAACACUGAACUUUCAGACAAUGCUGCUCACAGACGUUGCUUUGUGCAUCAACAGGAUCACAGUUUCUCCAUCUGCUCUGUCUUCCAGUUUGUUGGCCCGUCUGUCGUAACUCCUCUCCAAAUGGCGCAUUACAAGCUUCAUAAAAGUUGGCAUUCCUGGCCUUUCAAGUCAUGUUGGAUUAACUGCAGAUGCGACCUGCAGACCCAGAAAACAUUCACAUCUGGAUUCAAACAUCAGAAAUUUGGGAUUUUUUUUUUUUUUCAAGCUAUGCCGUUAAGUCCAGUAUUACUGAGAACACUGGUUAUAUCUGACCAAAAAUUCAACUUAAAGUCACUUAAUUGGUUGUUUUGGACACAUCACAGCCAUCACUAUCAUAUAAAAAAACAUGUUAUCACGUGUGUGGUCAAAAGUUCACAAUACCUCCACUUUCUCUAAAGGUUUGGAAGUUUACUGAUCUGUCUGGCUUCCUUCUUUAAUUUCCUUUUUCUAACUAAAUUGAUAGUGAUACUACUUCCUCAAGUGUAAUAUUGCUCUAAACACUGCUUUCGUACAGUUUGUAUCAACUUUCAGGGUUUAAUUGACUUCCAUUUCUACAGAAAAGCUGUAAGAUUUUAACACUUUCUAUUUCUGAGACUAUACUAUUUUUCAAUUGUUGGUAACCUAAAUUUUGGACUUUUGGAACAAAAAUAAGCAGUAAACUACUAGUGAUUUAAGGGGUAUAAGAAAAUAUUCCACCUCAAUGAAAUGUCUGUACAAAAAAUAUGUGGAUUUAUGUAUGAGGCAUGUUAAAGGUCAUAAAGAACUCUGUAGCCUUUAAGUGGACCUCAUUCUGCUUCAAUGAGGAUGGACGUAUAAAACUAAAAAGCUUUUUUAUUACUCUUGUGAAAUUUUCUUUUUAUAGUAUAGAGACUGAGAAAGUGAGGUCAAAGAUAAUAUGUCCGUAAUGCCUCAUAAAACAACAGACAAAUAAGAAGGAAAAUAAUAAUAAAAAAAAGUUGAAUUUCCUCCAGUAUUUUCCCCCUUUGUUUUUCAGGCCUUUCAGUAGCUCAGGAAUAUAAAACAUCUUUUCCAGUGAAGUGUAAAUAAUUGACAAUUCCUAUAAACAGAUUUGAGUCAGCUUUUUUACAUGCAACCUGGAAAAAUAUACCAUAUGUUUAUAUAACCCUUCAGGAGUACCUCCAAGAAAUGUUCUGCAUUUUUGCCAGAAGGUUUUGGAUACAUGGGAAUGAGCCUUUUGCCCUGAGUUUAGGUCCCAGAUUAGACUGAUCUAUGAGGAAAAACCUCCAGAAUAAAAGUAGUGAAAUUUUAACAAUUUUGCGUCCCUAAUAAAGAAAAAAUUAAGUCAAAAUGCUGGUUGGAUGUAGUUUCCAAGAUACAGUCUUGGGUUAAAAUUACUCAAAAGGAAUGUGUGCCUCAGAGCAACAGAUCUACUUCCAAACACUGCCUGUAUAUUACAAUACAUUCACUUUUUUAUGAAUCUAUUGUAUAAAUGUACAUAAACCAAUAAAUAUGUCUAACAAUACUUAAUCUUAUACAUUGAAAACAUCAGCUAAGCAGCACUUUUGUUAUUUGUUUUCCAAUUUUUAUGAAAGUAUGUAAGAUUGAGCACAUUUAACCUCCACAGACCACAGUUAUUUGGGUUUGUUUUUGACGUCCAAAGAACUGAACAUUUCCAACAAAAUCAUCCUUCCAGGUCAGUUAGUUUUGCAGGCAAGCAAAAACACCUCCUCACGUAUUUCUACCUCUGUAUUUUUCCCCAGUAAUGUCUUACAUCAUUAAUUGUUACAGUGAAUAAUUGAGGUGAUUGCAACUCACAGCAUUUCUGCAGCGAUGGAAGUAAUAAUAUGCAAUUUUUAAAUUAAGUUUUACUUUAAAUGUUAUCUUUCCUACAUAAAUAAGUAUAAAUAAAUAACUCAGCAUGCUCCCUUUAAUCUGGACAAUAGUUUACCUCAGUUAGGAUGUAUGUGUUCAUUUAAUGCACCUUUUACUCAUUUUUUGUACCACUGUAAAUAAAUGGAAGCCUUGAAAGAUGAUGCAAACAAUUUCUAGGAUUACUUUUGUCGCUUACAAAUCUGUAUAAACACUUACACUGACAGAUACUAUAUUGAUAUCACAAUAGUUAGAAAAAUGCUCUCAAUAAAGGAAAACGGAAUGUGGAUUUGCCAUAUCAUUAUACCUGACUGGUCUCCAUGACAACAGAGCUCUGCAUUAGCUGAUGAAGGUCCUUGAGUUGUGGGUGUAGAUCUGUUGUAAAAUAU